ACCUAUACCUGUGGCGCUGAUUCGGGAACGUUACACUGCAUAAAUCCCUGCUUUGUAGCGUUUCCCACUCAUCCCCUCUAUCCCCGUAGCAAAACGAGUUGUGUCAGGCAUGUUUGGCAUGCUGGAGUUGGUCAGCUUUCGGCCUUCUACACGGCGAAGUGCAAUAGCCAUGCUCCUCAAGCUAUAUAUGAAGCGUCUUGAGAAGGAGUUUUAGCUAACUCAACAUGUCUUCCCCGAAGUUGAUUCUAGUCAUUGGUGCCACAGGAGCACAGGGGCUAGCUGUAAUAGAUAGUCUUCUCGCUCGUGCAGAGGAUGGGACACCCUCCCCUUAUUCCGUUCGUGCUCUUACUCGAGACCGAUCGAGCCGCCGUGCUCAGGAGCUUACCGCCAAAGGUGUUGAGUGUGUCCAAGGAGCAUUUGACGACUUCCCAUCUGUCGCUGCUGCACUUAAAGGUGCCUAUGGCGUCUGGGCUAAUACAGACGGUUUCACCGUCGGAGAACAGAAGGAAAUAUAUGCAGGCAUGCGUAUCUUCGAGCUAGCAAAGCAGGCAAAGACCGUGAGACAUUACGUCUGGAGCAACCUGGAAUACGUAUUCAAGAAAACAGGCUAUAAUGAGAAGUACCGUGUCUAUCACCACGAUGGGAAAGGACGUGUUGGAGAAUGGUUACAGGUUCAGCCUUCUGAGUCCACUGAAACUGGAAUGUCCUGGAGCCAGGUUACGACAAGCCCAUAUAUGGAGAUGCUCUACAAUCAUAUGUUUGGCCCUUUGAACAAGCGACCCGAUGGCACCUAUGUGUUCGCCACUCCAGUCGGGAACGGUCAUGUACCUAUGAUCGCCCUCGCUGAUCUAGGGUACUUCGCUCGGUACACCUUCGAUCACCGUGAAGGGACAUCCACGAAGAACCUCGACGUCACAAGUGAUGUGGUCGGCUGGGAUUACUUGGUGUCUACAUUCCAGACCGUUACAGGACAGAAGGCCGUCGUUGUGAAACAAUCUUUAGAUGAAUGGUUUGCGAACUUCGAUGGUGCCGACGAACCGCUCGCGAACGAGCAACGAGGCACUAGUGUGCAGACGACGACCUGGAGGGAGAACUUCAGCGGUUGGUGGUCACUUUGGCGAGAUGAUAUCAUCGUCAAGGACAUGGAUUGGAUCAGAAGUAUCCAUCCAAACUUGCUCACUCUUGAGAAGUGGAUGCGCGACAACAAAUACACGGGAGAUCUGCAGGGUAGCAUCUUAAAGAAUUCAGAGGAUGAUAAGUCUGUACACCUCAACCAGGCUCGAGUAUCUCGUUUGUGAACUUUAUUCUAGAGAUCUUGUUCAUGCAAACACGAUCCAUACAUCACGUAAUAAGCACUUACAGUAUCAG